CUCCCCUGCUGCAUUUAGUUUCUCUUGCUCUAUCUCUCCCACUCCCACGAGCUCAAAUGUCAUUGCCGAGCGACUGCGGCCAGCACGGCGGGUGGUGCAAACGACGUGGCAAGGUCUACCGCAUCUUGGCCGGGAUCCUGGCCUUCAUCAUACUGAACCUCCUCAUCAUCCUCAUCAUCUGGCUCGCCCUCCGCCCCAGCAAGCCCAAGUUCUACCUCCAGGACGCCUCCGUCUACGCCUUCAACGUCUCCUCCCCGGACAACCUCCUCUCCUCCACCAUCCAGGUAACCAUCUCAACCCACAACCCCAACGCCCGCGUCGGCAUCUACUACGACCGCGUCGACGUCUUCGCCUCCUAUAAGUACCAGCAGAUCACCCCCGCCACCACCGUCCCUCCCUUUUACCAGGGCCAGAACGACAUCGACCUCUGGUCACCGUACCUCUACGCCGUCUCCGUCCCAGUGGCGCCCCACCUCGCCGAGGCCAUCUCCCAGGAUCAGUCGUCCGGCUUCCUCCUCGUCCACGUCAAGAUCGAGGGCCGGAUCCGGUGGAAGAUGGGUUCCUGGGUCUCCGGUCACUACGACCUCUUCGUCACCUGCCCGGCCUUUCUUUCUUCCCAGUCCGGGAAGGGCGUCGGCGACCUGCCGGUCAUCAAGUUCCAGCAGAUCUCCACGUGUAGCGUCGACGUAUGAUAAUAUUUAUGUUUCUCGUUUUCUGAAACGGUGUGGAAUUGCUGGGGUUGGACGAUGAGAGAUGAGGGUAAGAUUUCGUUCACGUGUAUUCAUGUAAUUGCAUGUUAAUUGUGAAAUUAUGUC